AUGCUACAGUCAACUACGCUUCUCAAACGCAUGGGCACCUGCAGACAGCUAAGACUAUACUCCUCUCAUGCCUCCUGCACCGUCAGUGGAAAGCCCAAGCAGGAAAUCGCCUUACCUAGUCAAUCAGCCCCAAAUUCUCCAGCGCAAUAUGCCCUAACAACCCUCGACAGCCUUAUAAAUUGGGCCCGACAAGGCUCCAUCUACCCCCUCACCUUCGGACUCGCCUGCUGCGCCAUCGAAAUGAUGCACAUCGCCGCACCCCGCUACGACGGCGACAGACUGGUCCUCCUCUUCCGCGCCUCCCCGCGACAGUCAGAUCUGAUGAUUGUGGCGGGCACCCUGACGAAUAAAAUGGCGCCGGCGAUGCGCCAGGUGUAUGACCAGAUGCCGGAGCCGCGGUAUGUGAUUAGCAUGGGCUCUUGUGCGAAUGGAGGUGGGUAUUACCAUUAUAGUUAUUCGGUUGUUAGGGGGUGUGAUCGUGUUGUUCCGGUGGAUGUUUAUCUUCCUGGUUGCCCGCCGACAGCUGAGGCGUUGUUGUAUGGGAUCUUUCUGAUUCAGAGGAAGAUGAAGAGUAGGAAGGUUACGCGUAUGUGGCAUCGGCGGUGA